AUGAAAUUUAAAAGAAAAGAAUGUCUUAUUCAUAAAAUUAAGCAAAAUCCUGUAAAUGCAAAACGUGCUCAUGAAUAUUCUUAUCAAGGGAAAUCUGAAAAAAAUAGAAAAAAGAAAAUAUAUAUAGCUCGAUUAAAGAGAAAUUAUCAGCGUUCUUUGAAAGAAUAUGAACAGGGAAAUAUAAGGAAAAGAUUCUGGAUAUCAGAAGAUAAUUCAGGUUCUUCUUUGAGUUUAAAUACAAAACAUUCUCCGUCUUUAAGUACUCAUGAUAACGAUGAGUUGCAAAAUAAAAAUGAUCUAUCUUUGAAAAAAAAACAGCCGAAAAAAAUAUCUCGUUAUUUAAAAGAAGAAAAGAAGGCAAAUGCUAUUCGUUUGGAAAAAGAGUCUCUAAUUAUGCAAAAAAAAUAUAAAGAGGAAGAAAAACAACGGAGAAUUGGGGAACGGAUAAAGAAAUAUAAAAUUAUGACACAAGUAACAAAGAAAGGACAGCCGAAGCUUAAUAAAAGAAUUGGUCUUCUUUUAGACAAAGUUAAAGAGAUUAUGAAGAAAUAA